UCAUAAUACCUCCCACUGUGGGCAUUUCGCUCGCCUUUGGUGGAUCUUGCAUUCGUUACGACUCAGGGAAGGAAAGAAUUUGGGAAAGAUCUGAUAGCCUGGUGACUGUGCCACCCGUUCGUUUGGCCCUCCACGCUUCUCGCUCACUUGGUUUUGCUCGAGUGCUUUCGAACCUUCGUCCGUUCUUCAGUCUCUCGCUCUCGACCGUCGGAAAAUAAUCGCUUUGAGUGUUUGGUUCAAUAGAGCGCUUCGCGUCUGUCUCUCGCCGUGGACUCAAGUCCCUCAUAAUUGAUAAUCCUCUCAACCUCCUCGAACAAUUGAAAUCAAUCUCAAGCAAUGGCUCGGUUCUGGAAGCUCGCGGCCGCUGCCGCUAUGGUUGCGGUCUCAUCGGUUGAAGCAAUCUCUCAGAUCUCUGUCAAGGGUUCUAAAUUCUUCACCGAUGAUGGCAAUCAGUUCUUCAUCAAGGGUAUGUUCAGCUGUACAUUUCAUCUUUUGCAAAGACAUCUUACUCACCGAUUGCUGGUAGGUGUGGCAUAUCAACUCACGGAAGAUGAUCCUCUCAUCGACACCAAUCAAUGUCAACUAGACGCUUCGUUGAUGCAAAAACUCGGUGCCAAUACCAUCCGUGUUUACCACGUUGAUCCUACCGGAGACCACAAAGGUUGUAUGGAUGCCUUUGCUGAUGCAGGCAUUUAUCUUUUUGUUGACUUGGACACCUUUGACACUGCUAUCGAGCAGGAGAGUCCUCGUUGGAAUACCUCUCAAUUGAACGCUUUCGAGCAGGUCCUGGAUGAGUUCCAGAAAUAUGACAAUACAGCAGGCGUCCUUGUUGGUAAUGAGGUUCUUACCACUGGAAAUGGCUCCGUCGCUGCACCCUAUGUCAAGGCAGCUGCUCGUGACGUCAAAGCAUACCGUGAUUCGAAGAAUUACAGGAAUAUCCCCGUUGGUUAUUCUGCUGCCGACAUUGCGUCUCUGCGGCCCAUGCUUCAGAAUUACUUGGCAUGUGGGACUAAUAGCUCUGAGGCGCUGGAUUUCUUCUCACUCAAUGCAUACGAGUGGUGCGGCUCAUCUUCAUAUACCGUCUCUGGUUAUAGCCAGUUGACGGCAAACGUGACCAAGUAUAACAUUCCCAUCUUCUUUUCGGAGACUGGCUGCAACACGAACCCCCCGAGAACCUUCCAAGACCAGUCUGCCAUCUUUGGUGAUGACAUGAGUCCAUACUGGUCUGGCGCCAUUGUCUACGAAUGGAUUGAGGAAACCAACAAUUACGGCCUUGUAAAUUAUGGCCCCAAGGUUGCGGCCACUGCGACUGGUGCCAUUGACGGAUUUCCGCGGUCCGGCACUCCUACGCCGGUCUCACCUGACUUUAGCAAUUUGAUGAGCCAGUGGGCAACGGCGACGCCAUCCGGAACCAAGCUGUCGGACUAUACACCAACCAACCAACCCCCGGCAUGCCCCGCUUCCACGUCUGGUAUCUGGGAAGUGGAUCCAUCCAGCCCCCUUCCAACCUUGGGACAGACGUACAAGGCUGCAGCUGCCACCUCUUCGAGCGGUGCUAGUGGCACCUCAAAACAAUCUCCUACAGGCACCACUUCGUCAACGUCGCCUACGGCUACAAAGAAGGGCUCUGCGGCGUCGGGUGGUAAGGAAGUUGCGGGUAUGACGGUCGGCUUAGCCGCCGUCAUGUUUUGCUUUGUGUGGUGGCUCUAGAAAGGAAGGGGAGUCACCAAUGUCACAGGCAAGGACCGGCUCUUUUUCAAAAUGGUCUUUUUUCAUUCUUCUGCUCCAGCUACAGCG